CGGAAGCAGCUGGAGCACGUGAGCUAAAAAACAUGGCGUCGCCUAGUAAGGUGGCAAGAGUUUGUAGCCUGGUGGGACGGACUUGGACUGUCACUCCUCUGUCAGCAAGACACAGAAAAUUAAUCAACUUGCCAGCUCGGAGACCAUUCAUCACGUCGACAUGGAAAGGUCUGCAGUUCCGUCUCGAUGAGAGGACAGCUCACAGCAGUCUGGAUCUUUUCAAGAAAGACACUGGCGUCAUCUAUCGCAUGCUGGGUCUGGACCCCAGCCAUGUGCAAGACAACCCUGAGCGUUUCCGAGACUGGGCGGUUGUGUUUGGGGACAAGAAGAUCAGCAGCGGACGCCACUACUGGGAGGUGACGGUCAAAAAGUCUCAGGAGUUUCGCGUGGGUGUGGCUGAAGCACUGAUGGCCCGUGAUGACUGCGUUGGUACAAGCAGCUCCUCCUGGGUGUUCGGCUACGCUCAGCGCAAGUGGUUCGCCAUGACCAACAAUAAGAUUGUUCCCGUGACCCUGGUAGGCAAGCCGGACCGAGUCGGCAUUCUGCUGGACUUUGAGGCGGGGCUUCUGGGGCUGGUAGACACUGAGAGACCCAGGAUCAUUCAUGCCGUCAGCGGUCGUUUCAAGACUCCGCUCUGUCCCGCUUUUGGACUUUGGGAUGGGGAGCUGCUCACACACUCCGGCAUGGAGGAGCCUCAGGGCCUUAAGUGAUAGCUUCAAUGCAAUUGUCUCACAUAUUAAAAAAUACAAAUGAAUCAUUUAUCGCUUUAAAGCACGUCUGAUCUUCUGCAUGUUCAUUAUUAUGAAUCUUGCCAAAGUAUGCUCAGGCUCUAUGCGUGACUGAGCAAAUGUUCACGUCUGUCAGCUUGUGAACAAGACAACUUCUUUUUACACAUUUCUGGUGCUACCCUUGUGGGCUUGUUAAUACUGUAUAUUGUUUAUUAAAAUAACAUCACUGAAACUGGCUAAACAUUGUUUUCUUCACAUCAUGAUGACAUAGUGUGCGUUCACUCUUGCAGGACCAAAAAUUUAAGCUGCCUUUCGCAUCAAGAGCCAUUUGGGCCUGUUUCCACUAAAUUAAAACUCACUUGCAGCCACAAAACCUAUUUGGCCACUAAAUUGAAAGUAAUGCCACAUAUACAAGUAUAGUUUCCUAAACAUAUUGUCAUGUUCCUUUUCUGUCGUGCUGUUCCUCCUGGUGGAGUGAUGAACACUGCCCCUAGCACUUUGGCGGAGAAUGGCACAGCAAACGCUCAACUGCGACACAGAACUUUGAAAGGCUAAUUACGGCAACUGGCUGGAGCUCCGGAGUCGCAGGUGGCAGACCCGUCUUCGGUCCUUUCGGUCUGCCUGUUUCGUCUUGUACUGUGUGAAAUGACAAGUGUGAACGCACCCAAUAGAUACAAGAACAGACCAGCACUGAGGGUUUAGUUUUAUGCCUCAGCUAUAGUUACUCUUAAAAACAUACAAAAUGAUGACAUACUGUGUACUGUAGUUGAUAAAGACCACAAGUACUUCAAUGUAUGAAUCAGACAUGCACACUUUAGCGAGCAAACGCUAUUUUGGAACAUAAAGUACCAAUAUUGUUAGCUUAUGUCAUCAACAUAUUCUGUAUUCCAACCUCUUUUGCUCAACAGAACAGUUAACCAUAAUAAAAGGCACAACUACGUCAUACUCAUCUCCAAUCAGCACGAGGAACAGUGAUUUCAGGGGUGGAAUAAAACCCCCUGAUAUAUAUACAGUAUGCAAUGAUCAAUCGCAGUAGGAUGUACUUCCCUAUUUAAAUAUAAAUUAGAUUAAAACAGUCAGAUACAGAAAAAAAAAGCCAUAUCCCAUAUUAAAUACUGAGCAAUUGAUUUAAAAACAAAAAUGUAACCCUGCACAUCAUUAAUACAUAUCUUAACAGCAUACAUUCAUCAUCAGUCUCAGUCACCCUGUUUCAUUUUGCGCUACCCAAGUGCUUUCUUGUAGUGUAUUUUAAAACCUCUCCUCGUCCUUCAGUUGAUGCUCUUCAGCGUGUCCAUGGCAACCUUCUGCUCCUCCUUGUAGCUUGAUGAAUCUCCGUCAGUGUGUCCAUGCUGGUACUGCUGCAGGAUGG